UUGCUGGAGGCCGGCCUGGCCCGGGUGCUCUUCUACCCGACGCUGCUGUACACGAUGUUCCGCGGGAAGGUGCCGGGCCGCGCACACCGCGACUGGUAUCACCGGAUCGACCACACCGUGUUGUUGGGCGCGCUGCCGCUGCGGAGCAUGACGCGCCGGCUGAUACAGGACGAGAACGUGCGCGGGGUGAUCACCAUGAACGAGGAGUAUGAGACCAGAUUCCUGUGCAACUCCUCAAAGGAGUGGAAGAGAUUAGGAGUUGAGCAGCUGCGACUCAGCACAGUAGACAUGACUGGAAUCCCAACCUUGGCUAACCUCCAGAAAGGAGUCCAGUUUGUUCUCAAGUACCAGUCGCUGGGCCAGAGUGUCUACGUGCAUUGUAAGGCUGGGCGCUCCCGAAGUGCCACAAUGGUGGCAGCGUAUCUGAUUCAGAUGUACAACUGGAGUCCAGAGGAGGCUGUAAGAGCCAUCACCAAGAUCCGGUCACACGUCUACAUCAGACCUGGCCAGAUGGAAAUUCUCAAGGAGUUCCACAGGGAGAUUAUUACAGGGGCAGCAAAGGAUGAGACAUCAUACAUCACAGACAUGAAGCAUGUGGAUUAGAAAGAACUCAAGACAACCCUGCUGGCUGUAGAAUAAAAAAGUUUAACAGGACCAAAGGGGCUUAAGCCCAGACUUAACGUAACAGAAAUGUGCUAAGUAAUGGAUAAUUUUGCUCCUUUUGUCUUGUUUCAUUUUCUUGAAAUAACACUGUUGUAUGCCUAGAAA